AACCCCACCGCAGCACAGCGCCGGCAACCGCCGCCAUCGAUCGAUCGCCCGGAAACUGACCUCUACCGAUGUCUGGAGCCGGCGAGGAGGAUAAGAAGCCCGCGGAGGGCGGCGCCCACAUCAACCUUAAGGUCAAGGGACAGGAUGGCAAUGAGGUGUUCUUUCGCAUAAAGAGGUCCACCCAGCUGAAGAAGCUGAUGAACGCCUAUUGCGACCGCCAGUCUGUGGACAUGAAUGCCAUUGCAUUCCUGUUUGAUGGCCGCAGGCUUCGCGGCGAGCAGACCCCUGAUGAGCUGGAGAUGGAGGACGGCGACGAGAUCGACGCCAUGCUUCACCAGACCGGAGGCAGCGUUCCUAGCACCACCUAAAAGCAGCAGCUGCGGAGCCUCGUUUUGCUCUCCGCCCUGCGUAGUACUAAACAAAAGGGAAAAAGUCUUUUUAAGGAACUUGUGAUGCUCUGGCUCCUUGUGCCAUUGCUGAGGGACAUCCUUAGCCUUUAUUUAGUGGUAUGGUUUGGUACUUUGUUCUGUCAUCACUCGUUUAUCUAUCCCUAAUACAUGCCGCCAUGUUUGUACUUCC